AUGAAACUCGACGCCGAGCUCUUCUACCAGGAGAAUUGGGCUGACUCAACUUAUACGCUGAGCAACUGGGGCGAUUCAACAAUCUGGGAAUGGGGUACCAAAGCCGUCGCCAACGUCGCCAGCCUAAGCAAAGACUGGUCAAACUUGACCGAUGAUUUGGCCGAGGACACCCCUCAUGGAGAUGCUUGUGCUGACAAUAUCGCCCGCGAUGAUGCUGGCGUCUGCAUCACUGGAGAUGCGUCAACCGACCUUGACGCCGGUUCCGACACGUUCUCGGUUCAUUCUCUCUAUCGUGUCUCGACGGAGGAUGUCGCCGAUGUUGGCAACUUCAUUAUGGUGAACUCGAGCACGGAGGACCUAUCAGCCGAGAACGGCGGGUCUGUAACUCCCAACCACUAG